AUGGACAUAUUUUUUAAUCUUAAUUGCGAUAUAAAAAUCGCAAACAAAUUGCAUUUAAGCAAUAAUAACGACGUAUACAGUGACGGCGGCGGCGACAGCGACGGCGGCAUAGUGACGGCGGCGGCGGCGACAGCGACGGCGUCAGCAAAGGUUACGACGACAACAACAGCACCAACAGCACCAGCAGCAACACCAGCAGCAGCAGCAAACAACGAAGGAUUUAAGUAUGGAGAACUCCAAAAGGGAAUUCUUAACAAAAUAGUUAAAGAUAUUGCCAAUUUUAAAAAAUCACCUAAGGAGCGUUUAACUAAACCAUAUAUAUCGGGGCGGUUAUCAAAGCUAGAAGAUGAUGUAAAAUCGGCUAAAUCCUACCAUGAGGCAAUUGUUGGUGGAGGCUGCCUGGAAGAAGGGUUAAAAUUAGAAAAUUUAAUAGAUAUUUAUGAUCAAAUUAGUGAUAAUUACCUGGAAUAUAGGGCCCUUUUAGUCGAAACGAUGGAUAAUUUUUCCUCUUCGAAGUCCACGACUUCUGGUUCCGAAAUGCAACAUUCCACUCAUUCGGAAGUUAGAUUACCCCGUAUUGAUCUUCCAAAGUUUGAUGGGUCGUAUAUCACAUGGAGAGCCUUUCAUGAUAAAUUCCAAUCUCUAGUUCACAACAAUUCAAACCUAGGUGAUUUAGAUAAGCUUCACUUUCUUCAAUCUUGCUUAACAGAUGAUGCAAAACGGUUUUUACAAAACUUACCCGUUGAAGCCGCCAACUAUGACAAAGCGUGGGAGCUUUUAAAAGAGAGAUAUGACCACAAACGCAUUCUGGUGCAUAUCCAAAUGCAGCAACUUUUCGGUCAGUCUCAAUUACUCCGUGAAACUGCUUCAGGGUUGAAAAAUCUUCUCUAUACCUCAAAAGAAUGCUUCCAUGCCUUGGAAAAUUUAGAAGUUCCAGUUGACAAGUGGGACAUAGUUCUAAUUUGGUUCCUUAACCAAAAAUUGCCCCCAACUACUCAAAAACUAUGGGAAGAAAAGUUGUGUGAUAAGAAAGAAUUACCCAAUUUUACAGAAUUUACCUCUUUUUUGGAGAAGCGCUUCCGAACGCUUGAAGUUUUUGACCAAAAGGAUCAAAGUACUGCGAAUUAUACAAAAAUUGAUCCUCCAGCAAAUGUCAAAUCACGUUUUCCAAUGAAAUCUAAAGUUUUACAUGCCAAGCCAAAGUUUAAGCCCACUAAACCUACAGGUACGGAUGGUACAGUAUGCCAGUUAUGUAAUUUAGAAAAACAUUCGUUGAAAAGAUGCCAACAAUUUUUAAAUAUGGACAUCACGGGUCGAAAAGAAGUUGUACGGAAAUUGCGGGUAUGUGAAAAUUGUCUUUCAUAUAGGCAUUCUUUGCAUGAAUGCCCAAGCCAACUGUGCUGUUUCUUUUGCCAACAAAGACAUCAUUCCCUGUUGCAUGUCAACCAUCAACAGAUAGACAAUAAUAAUACGAGAUAUUCUGCACAACCGUCUUCAAGAGUUCGAACUCAACCAACAGCAACCACAUCAAACUUUGUUCAAACGAACAUGAGUGCAAAUGCAACAGAAUUUUUACCAACCAAUAAUGUUCCGAUUUCAACAACUAUGAAUCAUCAUACGUCGCACGGUAAUCGAAAUUUUUCUCAAGUGCUUUUAGCAACCGCUAUUGUCAAAGCCCGUGCUUCAGAUGGCCGUGUACAUCAUUUACGUGCCAUGAUUGAUACAGGUUCUGAAAGUUCAUUCAUUACAGAAGAGGCUGCGCAAUUGUUAAAGCUUCGGAAGUGGCGUACAUGUGUUGAGGUAUCAGGGCUGGGGUUGGUCAGUAGUGGCACUACGCAGAACGCUGUACAAGUCCAGAUUACUUCUUGCCACUCAUCGUUUGAAACUGCCAUACAGGCAUUAAUCUUCAAGUCGCUAACUGGCCUUCUUCCGACCCAACGAAUGGUACCUCAAAAAUGGAAUCAUUUAAUUGGGCUUCCUUUGGCAGAUCCACAUCUCCACGAGCCUGCACCUGUAGAUCUGUUGUUAGGCUGUGAUGUUUGUGCCCAAAUAUUGCUUCCAGAAAUCAAACGUUCGCAAGAUGGCGUCGGGCCUAUGGCACAAAAUACGGAGUUAGGCUGGAUCGUUCUUGGAAGAACUUCCACAUAUCCUCCUCAAAAAAUCCGCAGUUUCGUGCAAAUGACCGAAUUUUCUCCGAUCGAUUUGAGCGCUCAACUACAGAAGUUCUGGGAAAUAGAAGAAUUGCCGUUUCUACCUCAUGAAACUGAAGAAAAUGUUGCCUGUGAGGAACACUUUGAAAAGUAUACUAUUCGUUUACCUGAUGGACGGUAUCAAGUCAAAAUGCCAUUCAAAGAUGAAAAGCUGCCGGAAAUGGGUUUCAGCCGGCACAUGGCAUAUCGACGGUUUCUUCACCUCGAGAAAAAGCUUGAGUCAAAUCAAAAUCUUAGAACUGAAUACACGAAAUGUAUCAAAGAGUAUGAGACACUCCAGCACAUGGAACAAAUCAACAGCGACAAUGAAGUCCUUAACACGCCACACCACUUCAUUUUACCACAUCAUGCUGUGAUAAAAGAAUCAAGCACUACCACUAAAACAAGAGUUGUUUUCGAUGCAGCAGCCAAAGAUUCGAAUGGGAAAUCGAUAAAUGACUAUCUAAUGGUAGGUCCAAAAUUGCAAACUUCUAUAAUUGAUCUCGUUUUGCGAUGGCGAACUCACCGAUAUACCUUCACUGCCGAUAUAGAGAAGAUGUAUCGACAAAUUUGGGUGACUCAACCGGACUCCUUUUACCAAAUCAUUUUGUGGAGAAAUGAACGAUCAGAGCCUUUGAGACUCUACAAGCUAAAUACGGUAACGUUCGGUACAGCAAGUGCCCCAUAUUUAGCCAUCAAAACGUUGAAACGUCUAGCCCAAGAUGAACAUCCGAAUUAUCCUUUGGGGGCGAAGGUCGUGCAAGAAGACAUGUACGUGGACGAUUUGAUAAGUGGUGCAGACUCGCUAGAAGAAGCAAAAGAAAAAAGAGAUGAAGCAAGAGCACUUUUAGCGUCAGGCGGUUUCAACUUAAGAAAGUGGACAGCAAAUCAUAGAGAUUUAAUGGAAAAUAUUCCACUUCAUGAUCGAGAAAUUGAUUUCGAGCUUCCCUUUGAUCCUUCCAACCACGUCAAAACUCUGGGCAUCAAAUGGCUCUUCGAUCCACUUGGAUGGAUCUCACCGUGCAUAAUCACUGCGAAGAUAAUUAUGCAGAAGCUUUGGGAUCUCGGAUGUGAUUGGGACGAUCCGAUCCCAAACGACCUUAUAAGGGAUUGGAAAACUUUUCAACAAGAGCUUCCAAUGAUUGAAAAGGUAAGGAUACCACGAUGGAACCGAAUGAGUCCUUCAAACCAAGCAAUCGAGUUGCAUGGCUUUUGUGACGCUUCAAUGAAAGCAUAUGGAGCUGUUGUGUAUGUUCGAGUUCUGGAUAAGAAUGGAGGCAUUCAUACCAGCUUACUCUUAGCAAAGACAAAGAUUGCUCCGAGCAAACGGACGAUCACGUUGCCUCGGCUUGAACUUUGUGGUGCAGUAGUCUUGGCCCAAAUAUUACACUACACAUGCAAUGUUUUAGCAAUUCCUGAAGUUCGAAUCUUUGCCUGGACGGAUUCAACAAUUGCUCUUUCCUGGAUUAGAGGAACUCCUACCAAAUGGACCACAUUUGUCUCAAAUCGAGUAUCCGAGAUACAGCGACUUAUAGGCAGCCAUUGUUGGUCCCAUGUUCCAACACAUCUAAACUCGGCUGAUUUAGCAUCUCGUGGCGUUUAUCCCUCAGCCUUGGAUUCCUUGGACGCUUGGUGGAACGGUCCAGUAUUCUUAAGAUCGAAGUGGAAUUUUGAUAUGCCCGAUCAAGUUGAGAACUUCGAAACAGAAGAAGAAUGUCGUCCGGUAAAAGCCCACACCAUACAAGUAACAAGAGAACUGAUUAGUAUCAUCAUCCACAAAUAUUCGAACUUACUCAAAGUAAUUCGUAUCAUCGCAUGGUGGCUUCGUUUGAAAAACAACCUCCGAUCGAUGAGUUGGGCGAGAAAAACUUCCCAAAACGGUAACCAAUCGGCUAUUGUACCCAAGACAAGCGGUUCGUUAACUGCUUCUGAAUUGGAAGCAUCUCUUAUGCUGGCAGUCAAGAUAGCUCAGACCGAGAUGUUUUUUAACGAAAUAAAAGAGCUGCAACAGAAGGGUAAAAUUUCAAAACCAUUAAAAUCACUCAAUGUAUUUAUUGAUGCCAAUGGCAUUUUAAGAGUUGGUGGUCGAUUGCAGAAUUCCCUGCUUCCUUAUGAAGCGCAGCAUCCAAUGGUAUUACAAAACAACCAUCAUUUCACAAAACUGGUUGUAAAAGAUGCCCAUAAGAAUACAUUGCAUGGUGGAAUACAACAGAUGAUUGCUUAUAUACGUCAGAAGUUUUGGAUUGGUCAAAUUCGAAGAAGUGUAAAGUACCAGUUACACAAAUGUACGACUUGCUACCGGCAGAAAGCAGCAGAGAUGCAGCAAUUGAUGGGAAAUUUACCAGCUGCUAGAGUCCGCAUGGCUAGGCCAUUUUGUCACACUGGCGUAGAUUACGCAGGCCCCAUCGAAAUCAAAGCUUGGAAAGCUCGUGGAAGCAAGAUCCUUAAAGGAUAUUUUGCAAUUUUUAUUUGCUUGGCGACAAAGGCAAUCCAUUUGGAAGUCGUUUCAGAUUUAACGACUCAAGCAUUCUUGGCAGCAUUCAGGCGAUUCACUGCCAGGCGAGGAACUUGCAAGCAGAUUAAUAGUGAUUGCGGUACAAAUUUUAUUGGUGCUAGUUCAGAACUAGAUAAGAUGUUAAAAGCUUCACAGCAUGAUUGGAAAGAAAUAGCUGAAAAUCUAGCAAAUCAAGGUACAGAAUGGCAUUUUAUUCCUCCCGCUUCUCCUCAUUUCGGUGGAUUGUGGGAAGCUGGAGUGAAAUCAGUCAAGUACCACCUAAAACGAGUUGUCGGGAUGGAGAGACUGACUUUUGAGGAGCUCACCACACUUCUUUCGCAGAUAGAAGCGUGUCUGAAUUCGAGACCCUUAUGUCCUCUUUCAGAUAGUUUGGAUGAUUUGGAUGUGCUGACCCCAGCACACUUUUUGAUCGGCGAAAGUCUUCAUGCUGUACCUCAAGGUGACAUCGACAUCAACAUAACACACAUGGAUAGAUGGAAGCGAGUUCAGUCAAUGACAUUAACAUUUUGGCGAAAAUGGAGUUCCGAGUACCUGACCAGACUGCAGCAACGACCGAAGUGGACACAAAUACAGGAAAAUGUAAAAGUCGGAGACAUCGUUUUGAUUAAAGAUGAAAGAUUUCCACCGACCAAUUGGAAUUUAGGUCGAGUCCAAGAAAUUUAUCCUGGAUCCGACGGAUUAAUCCGAGUUGUAUCGGUCAAAACCAAAACAGGAUGCAUAAAACGCCCCAUCGCUAAAAUAUGUCGCUUGCCUUCCAAUGAAACAUCACAACAAACCAGCAUCAUUUAA